AUGACAUCGUUCACGAAUAAAGGGGGGGUUAGACACAAUGUUUUUCGUUUAAAUGCUCAUAAAAAGGUAAUAUAUAACCGUAUGAGAAGAUUCAAUUGGCCACCUGAGGGAUGCUCAGCUAUACACCCAAUAGAACCGUAUGGGAAGCAAUUUUUUGUUUUCAAUGCCUUUAAAAGGGACUCAAAAUUUGACAGCGAAAUUUCGAACAUAGUCAAGCCUUUGAUGAACUCAAAUAAUGAAAAGAUUCCUACUGAAACAGUUUUGUGCGUUUGUGAUUUUGCAAAGCGUCCUCUGAUGUUUCUAAACUACUUAGAUUUCAAAAUUUUGGAAGCGAAUAUUGGCAAAAUUAAGGAAGGAUUUAGAAAAAUAGAAGAAAAAUUAGACAAGAGUAACUACUUGGAUACAAAAUUCGGCUUGGUGCUAAAAUACAAUUUAAACAAAACAUACGGUAUGCAGCGUGUGAAGAAGGGUGAGCAUAAUUCAUGGGGAAUGAAAAAAGGAGUGUUCAGAAAGAGGAAAACGUGA